UCCCACCCGAGAUGUGCGCUACUGGCUCAAACAGGAACUCCCGGCCUGGGGCCUGUUUUGGCACUAUCAACAUUCGCUCUCUGCUCUUUGUCUCUCGUGUGUUAGUGUGUCGGUCCGCGUGCUCGUGUCGGCGUACGAUCUCGAUCUUGCUCCGCUGUGUGCAAGCUCACCUCGGAAGCUGCAGAACGCGGACGGUUGUGCGACUUAGUUUUUUACGUGAAGCCGGCCAGGCAAGGAUUACUCGUUUUGACCUUAAGCGGAGUGUGGUAAAAACGAGCAGCGAUCUACAGUUUUCGUACCAGUUGUUGCCAGUAAGACCAAACAAUGACACGUUCGGAUCGAAUUUUCGACACCAUCACCACGGUGAUCUGCUUUGUGUUCCUUAUCGCAAAGGGCUACGCUCUGCCCGCUACUGAUACUGCACCGAAAGUGGAAAACAGCAACAAGACCGAACUGUUCGCAUACCCGGCCGAACAGUCAGCCAUAGAAUCGAAGCAAAACGCUCGGAAUCGUACACCCCUCUACAUUCCGAAACAGUGCGCCGAAAAUGAGAUCCUCUACCCGGGAGACCAUGAGAACGAUUGGGUCUGUGACUGUAAGCCAACUUACGUGUAUCAUCCGCAUCAGCAAAAAUGCUACCAGAUGUACACUAAAGGAUACUGUCCAUCCGGGCACAUAAUUUAUAUCGAACCGAAUGGUAAAACUCCGGUCUGCGUUCAGAACGAAUGUUCGGACGGUGAGGUGUUUUUCAUUGAUGUUUGUGCGAAACUCAACGAAGAGCACAAGCGAUGCGAACAUGCCAACAUUAGAAUGGUGGUGGGCAUUAACGAAACAACGCACAAGCUGGAGUGUGUGAACAUUUCCGAUGUAAAGUUUAAUCAAUCCUGGAUCAACGACUCACGGAACUAGGGGAUACUAAAGUAUGCACCUUUUCCAGUGAGGGUACGUAACGGAUAGGUACAUAUUGUGGCUUGACGUGCUGUAACGGUUUUUAGAAUUUGAUAAGCUCAUAAUUUUAAAUGUGUAGCCGAAAAAAAGUUGUCUGAAAAGGGUUCAGUGCAUUUUAAUUUAAUGUUAUGGCUUUAAAAGUGAAUGUUUCGGUCAAAGAAUAUAAUCAAAAUAUAUAAACAAAAAAAAAUAUCUACAAUAGAGUGUUCCCUUAAUACUAAUUGCCUUAAUAAGCAAAUAUAUAACCGUGGUAAACUAAGUAGAAUGAAUCAUGCGUUCAAAAACACCCUAUUAAACUGUUAUUUUUCGUAUUGGAUCGAAUAAAGUAAAUAACAAAAACAUGCCUCAACUUAUAGUACCUAGCAUCUCACUAUGUACAGUGAGAAAGGCACGAUGGGAUACUGUAUGGACCAUCGGUUUGACAGUUAGGGUGAAAUUUUCAAACAGACAAAUCAAUUUUUUUU